AUGCCCAGGGCUAAGACCAGAACUAGGACCAGGACCAGGACCAGAACUAGGACCAGGACCAGGACCAGAACUAGGACCAGGACCAGGACCAGAACUAGGACCAGGACCAGGACCAGAACUAGGACCAGGACCAGGACUGGGACCACAACCAUGUCUAGGACCAGAACCAGGACUAGGUCUGGGACUAGAACUGGGACUGCAACCAGGACCAGGACCAGAACUGGGACCAGGACCUGGACCACAACCAGGACUAGGACUAGGACUGGGACCAAGACCAGGGCCAGCAUCACAUCCAGGCCCAAGACCAGACCCAGGCCCAG